AUGAUAGUGGACUUCAGGAAACAGUGUGGAGGCCAGCACUCCACCAUCUACAUAAACAAUGCUGAGGUGGAGCAGCUUUUAUGGACAGUUGUGGCUGAGGUUUCAGCCAGUGUUUUAACCAUAACCAGCACAGAUGACCAGCCCCUACUUUCUCCACGACACUAUCAGCACAUCGACAGAGACUCUGGCACCCAGCUGGUAUGUGACAAGUGCCCAGCAGGCACCUAUGUGUCUGUCCAUUGCUCUCUAACGUCUGUGAGGGAAUGCAGUCCCUGCCCCGAGGGUACCUUCACCCGUGGCGAAAACGGUGUUGAGCAAUGCCAUCGUUGCCGUGCUCCUUGUCCUGUGGGCUUUAUCAAAAAAGUGCCAUGCACGGCCACCCAAGAUCGUGUCUGCACCUGUCCGCCCAACAGCUUCUUGUCACAGGACAGUGCCACAAAGUGCAAGCCCCACUCCCUGUGCCCUCAAGGUACCAGGGUGAAGAGACGGGGCACUGAAACAGAGGAUACCAUCUGUAAGCUGUGCAGCAAAGGGACAUUUUCAAAUGUGAAGUCCAGUGUAGCUAGGUGUCAAAAUCACACCAACUGCCAAGCUCGAGGGCUGGUGCUACUGAAACAAGGGACAAGAGAGACAGAUAAUGUUUGUGGACUACCAUUUACCACCCUGCCAUAUGUCUCCCCCACCACUCCACUGGGGCCUACACAGGCUGGAAGUGUUCGAGAAACCAUUAUUUCUUCUAUCUUCCCAUCACUGACUGAACUUGCACGUAAAGGUACCUUCUACGUCAGGCCAUCAGCAGCCAUCCAACUGAGGGAAACAGCAGAUGGGGAAGAUGACAAAGCAGAGGAAAUACUGCAUAUCCACUCAGAAAUUUCCUCUUCACUAAAUCAUGAUCCACCACGUUCUCCCCUGCCCACCCAUGAGCAACCCUUGAGCCAAGAAGUACAACUAGAACAACCCAAGCCAGCGCCUAACAAAAAGGCAUUGGAGGGUCGGCAUAGUCUUGAAGUAGUCAGGGUUGGAAAAGGUAUUGGCAUUGUAGCCAGCCAGGGUAGUGGAAGUAGAGACUCCAGUUACUACAGACCCAUUCGAAGGGGAUCCCCAAGAUCCAAUGCCCAUGAUCACUUUGACAUCAAUGAGCAUCUUCCCUGGAUGAUAGUGCUGCUGCUCCUGCUGGUGUUAGUUGUGAUUGUGGUGUGUAGUGUGAAGCGAAGCUCCAAGGUGUUGAAGAAGGGUCCAGUGCAGGACCCCAGCGACAUCAUUCAGAAGAAACCACCUGCACCUUUGACACAGGCCAGAGAGAAGUGGAUCUACUACUCCAAUGGACAAGGGGUGGAUAUCUUGAAGCUUGUAGCAGCUCAGGUAGGCACCCAAUGGACUGACAUCUAUCAGUCACUGGGCAACGCCACGGAGUGCGAGGUGGACGCCUUUUCCAAUGGCUACUCAUGUGAUCAUGAGCGGGCGUAUGCUGCACUGCAGCACUGGACUAUCCGAGACGGUAAUGCCAAUCUGGCCAAGCUGAUCAACGCUCUGCACCGACAGCGCCGUAUCGAUGUAGUGGAGAAGAUCCGUUAUGUCAUGGAAGACAACCCACAGUUUGAUAUCAACCAGCUGACAGCCACAGUGAAUGUUAGCCAAAGCCUCAGUCCGUUUCACAAGCUGCUGGAGUCUCCAAGCAGUGUGGGCAUCAUUGGUGGAAGCAGCGCCAGCGGGAACAUUGGCCGGGCCAGCGGUGUGUGCACAGCCUUGUCACCAAUGGACCGCACAAAAGGUUUCUUCUCUGACGAAUCAGAACCCCUCCUUCGCUCUGACUCCACAUCCAGCAAAGAGUCUGCCCUCAGCAGGAAUGGCUCCUUCAUUACCAAAGAGAAAAAAGACACCGUUCUUCGACAGGUUCGUCUGGACCCCUGUGACUUGCAACCUAUUUUUGACGACAUGCUGCACAUCUUGAACCCAGAGGAGCUCCACGUCCUCGAGGAGAUCCCAGCAGCUGAAGACAAGCUGGAUCGACUGUUUGAGAUCGUUGGAGUCAAAAGCCAGGAGUCCAGUCAGACGCUGCUAGACUCCGUCUACUGCCACCUACCUGACCUGUUGUAG